AUGUCUACCACCAGCCAGAACCAGAACGCUCUUCUACUGCUUGUUCAGCAGCUCCAGCAAGAGCUCCAGAACCAGCGAUCUGAAAUCACCUCCCUACGUGAUAGCGUCACGCAACUCCAGCUCCAGCUCCAGUCCCGCCCGCACUCGAACGACGCUCAGACACGAGUCCGAGCACGCCUGCCAGACCCACCAAAAUUCGACGGUAAGCCGCAUACGUUGCGCACCUGGCUACCCUCUAUCAGAGCGAAACUCCGUUCUGAUCAGCUUACGGGAGCCGAUGCCUUCGACUACGUGUGGGAUCGCCUUGAGCAGCCUCAACAGGCGUCUAUCCUCCACCUCCGCGAACAGUCUGAAGAGCUUUCAGACUGGGACCCAGAACAAAUUUUU